AUGGGUCUCGGCUCAACACGUCUUGGUGCUCUCACCGCACUCAUCCCCACGCUGCCCAUGUUCUUCUCGACCUGGGAAACAUACCACACUCACACCCUGUUCCUCGGCUACUUCAACGGUCCCACAGAAGGCCUCAUCAUUGCCGCACUCAUCAUGAUCCUCUCUGGAUACUACGGCCCCACACUCUGGACCUCUCCACUGGCUACGCUCUUCGGCCACGAGCAGUUCCUCGGCAAGACCAGUUUCCUCGACCUCUGGGCACCCAUUCUGCUUCUCGGACUCUGUCUCGCACACAUCCCUGAUUGCGUCAACAACGUGUACCAGGCUAGAAGAGGCAGAAACCAGUCCUUGACACCUGCAUUGCUCGAGUGGGCUCCCAUCUUCAUCUUCACUGCUUCUUUGUGCGCCUGGCUGGGAUCGCCUUACUCGCAUCUGCUCAAGGACAACCAUCUAUCUCUGCUCUGCUUCACCCUUUCACCAGCUUUCGGCCGCAUGACGACGAAAAUCAUCCUUGCGCAUCUCACUCGCCAGGACUUCCCCAUGUGGACUGUUAUGCUGGCUCCUCUGCUUAUCGGCAGCAUCCUCAUCAACCUUCCAUACAUUGGUCUCCCUGGUCUGUCCGCAAGCUCCGAGCUCUGGUUUCUGAGAGGCUACUUUGCCUUCGCAACCAUUGUGUAUGCGCGCUGGGCCGUGUAUGUCUGCAACAGCAUUUGCAACUACCUGGGCAUCAACUGCUUGACCAUUCCCGAGGACAAAUGGAUGGCAUUGAAGGCCGGCGCACCNCCGAACGAGAGACCCGAAGCUAACCGCUUGGCUUCUGGAUCCGUGAGGCUGCAGAAGGGCGGUGCCAAUGGCAAGUUUGCUUAG